UUGGGAAAAUGGUCACCUGAUGUGUAGUGCCAGACCAAAGGGUUGCGCUCUUAAGCCGCCCACCAACAUCUAGGCAUGUAGAGAGGUUUGGUUCUCUACUGGCCACACAUCAAUGUCCACGCUACACCGGCGGGUCAACGUUGUCCUCCACCCUGGGUGCUGCCUAUGCCUCUUACACCUCCUGAUGAGCUUGACCUGGAAUCGAAAAUGAACUGGGCGUCCUUUUAUGCCGUCAUCAGCGGUGUAAACAGACACUCCACGGGCAUCGGUCGCGUCUGGCUCUCUGUUCUUUUCAUUUUCCGUAUCCUAGUCCUGGUGGUUGCAGCAGAGAGUGUGUGGGGUGACGAGAAGUCCGGCUUCACCUGUAAUACCCAGCAGCCCGGCUGCAACAGUGUCUGUUAUGACCACUUCUUCCCCAUCUCACAUAUCCGUCUGUGGGCCCUGCAGCUAAUUCUGGUGUCCACCCCAGCCCUGCUGGUGGCCAUGCAUGUGGCCCACCGCCGACACAUCGACAAAAAACUCUACAAGCUGUCUGGCCGGGCCAACCCCAAGGACCUGGAGCAAAUCAAGACCCAGAAGAUGAAGAUUGCAGGUGCACUUUGGUGGACAUACAUCAUCAGCCUCUUCUUCCGCAUCAUCUUUGAGGUAACCUUCAUGUACCUCUUCUACAUGAUCUACCCUGGCUAUAAGAUGAUCCGGCUGGUCAAGUGUGACUCGUACCCCUGCCCCAACACAGUGGACUGCUUUGUGUCCAGGCCCACAGAGAAGACCGUCUUCACUGUGUUCAUGCUGGCUGUGUCAGGGAUCUGCAUCCUGCUCAACAUCGCAGAGGUCGUCUUCCUAGUGGGAAAGGCCUGUAGUAGGCACUUAAGCAAUGCUGGAGACUCAACCAUGGGAGCAUGGAUCACCCAAAAGCUCUGCUCCUACUAGAACAAGCUAAAUGGACCAACACUGUGUAACUGUAAUUGGGCACAUAUGUUCAAAGCUCAAAGUAAUGGCCUUAACAACAUUAAUUAAUGAGGUGUUCACACUUUUUCUAUAUUUUUCAAAUAGAUAUGCCUCAAAGGACAAUUUCAGUUUGGAUAUAGAACAGAAUCCAGAGGAGGAGACUGAAGAAAAGUAUGGUAAACUGAUUUAUUAACAGUCCCUUACCUUGUAACGUCUCAAAUUUAGCUGAAUUCAAUAUGCAGUCACCUUCGAUAUGCUCUGCAAGAUUCAAGCAACUAAACCGACUCAUCAUCCAUUCUGUAUUAUGAUUCAUAAAUAGUUUUCAAUUCCUGAUAGACAUUUUAAUCACUGAUAAUGUGGUAUCAUUAGGACAAAGAAUUGGUACCCCUGGUUUAUUAUAAAUAGUAACCCAAGAAAACUGUCCAAGUGAUGAAUUUAACCAACAUUUGGUGGUUGUGGUGGAGUAUUACUAAUAACUAUGAGGCUAUUCCAAAGCACUACUAAUAACUACCUCACUUUCAUAGUGAAAUAUCAAGUGCUUCAAGACAUCCACAUAGUGUUUUGAAUGCUAUGAAUGAGACUGAUUAUGCAAGUGUAUAGAGUAAAAUAGAAUAGUGAAUGAGAAAAUGUGCUUAGUUGAAGUUAAAAUGAAAGAACCAAAUGAUUAAUUUUCAUGUCUAUCUCAUUAUUUUUCUUACUAGAUACUGCAUUGCUGCUUUAAAACUAUUGUGUGCGUGAGAUAAAGGAUGUUUAGAAUUUG